ACGAGCCUUUUACGUCUUCUAUUUAUUUGCAUAUUCUCAGCGCAAUGUCUUUCCAAGCUUCAUCACGAGAUAUCUUUCUGGAGGAUGGCCACAUUCUCUUCGCCAACGUCUGUGACAGAGAAGGAAACUGGGUUGAGUCCAGAAUUGAUCUGAACAGAUUCAUCGGCAAUGAAGAUGGCUGGUUCAUGUGGGAUGGUGUCAACUUUUCUGAUUCAGCCAACGAUAUCCGUCUGGAAGGCACUCUCUUAACCGCAGAGCUACCCAUGCGUGACGGAGGAUACCGGGAACGACAGGGCAUUGAGCUGAGCGAGCGUAUUGCCAACGAGAACGGUGAAUUGGUUUUUGUUUAGGCUCAACUAUUUAAGAGAGAUAGACUUGAGGCCUGUUAGACUACCUACACAAUGAUAGGGGCCAAGACACUGCAGUGCCAAAGAUGAAGGCCACAAUCUAAGAAAAAAAAAAUAAAGCAAUUGUAAGCGCCUUUACGCGCGCGU